GGGAGGGCAGGAGCUCAGUAGCGUAGUAGGAAGGAAGGCAGGCAGGCAGGCAGGCAGGCGGGGGAGGAGGGGGGCAGUGCCCGAGCCGAGCCGAGGAGGCGAGAGGGAGGGACGAAGGAGGAGGAGGGAUGGGGGAGGGCAUUCGGCGAAUCAGUAGCGCGCAGGCGAGCUCUGGAGUGUGCGAACGGAGGUAACGCCCGUGCUGUACCCGCGGCAGUGCACGGGUGAAGAAAGACAGCAGCAAGGGUCUGGUCCAAACUCCGAGAGAAGCACUGAAACGCGAAGACGCACUGCGCUUUCAGAAGGAGAAGCGAGCGUCGACGAGCGUCGACGAGCGAGAGAGGAGUUUGGCCGCUUCCUCGUCGCCCGAUACACAGAGGCCAUGGCGGUGCACUUGCAGUGGUUGUAGGAGCCUUGCGGCCAUGGCCCCCGCCCCCUCCUCCUCCUCCACCGCUGCGGCGGCUGCAGUAGUUGUCACGGAUCCCAGCCCGUCCGUGCCCGCUACUGCAUCAGUUGCGACUCUGGCUUCGGCUAUGGGUGUGAUAAAGGUUUCUUCAUCGACAACCGGUGGAUCUUCAUCGAGCUCUUCAUCGUCGUCGUCUGGGAAGAGCGAUGUGUCCAAUUCUGGCGCGGAUCAGGAGUUUUCUUCGGAGACGUUAAGCCGAUCGUUAUCUGCGAGCAAAUUGAACGCGAAGGCGCCCGAGUUCGUCCCUAAGGGCAUCAUCAGUCCCACGACUUCAGUUGCAGGGUUUAUUCCCGGUUUGAUCCCUGUGGCUUUAUUGCAGCAAACUUCACCCGGAGUUCUUCCGGUGCACUACCCCCCUCUUGUUUCACCCACGCAAUUUGAUCCGAUGCCCGUCAUGGUCGCCGGUAUGCCCCCGGUGGUUCCGUCCGGCACGCCUCCCGCUCUUGGCCCCGAGGCUGUUGAUGCGUUUUUGGUCCAGGACUCCUUCCCACCCCCACCACAGACAAUUUUAUCUGCCCCUCCCACCGUCAAGCCCAUGGUUAACGAGGAGCUGAAGGCGAAGAUCGUGAAGCAGGUUGAAUUCUACUUUAGCGAUCAGAACCUUCCCACUGAUAACUAUCUCAUGAAAUUUGUGAAGAAGGAUCCCGAAGGGUUCGUACCUAUCCCUGUGGUAGCAUCUUUCAGAAAAAUUAAAAAUCUCGUAAAAAAUCAUGGGAUCGUCGCGGCCGCUCUUCGAAAUUCAACUCUUUUGGUGGUCAGCGAGGAUGGUAAGAAGGUUCGACGAGCUCAACCCUUACCCGAUGUUGAUCUCGAAGAAGUUCAGUCACGCACCGUGGUAGCUGAAAAUCUACCAGAAGAUCAUUCAAUCGAGAGUGUGGAGCAACUAUUUGGCUCAGUUGGCAAUGUAAAAAUGGUGCGUAUUUGCCAACCCGAAGCAGCCAAUGGUGCUAGUCAAACAGCCGCAAAAUUUAAGUCGGACAUGGUUGUUAGCAACAAGCUGCACGCACUUAUUGAAUUCGAAACUGUGGAGCAAGCGGAAAAAGCUGUGUCAGCAUUAACAGACGAGCGGAAUUGGAGAAGCGGACUCCGCGUCCGGCUUCUGCUAAGACGCACGUUUCAAAGCAAGCACGGCUACCAGCAAGCUCCAUUCCAAAAAGGUCGCAAGGCCUCAGGUGGCGAAGAUAGUGGCGGCGAAGAGGAAGAUCUUGUGGGAGCUCAAGAUAAGAGUGGCGAAGAGUCAGGCCAUGCUAAUGACAGAAGUGAAGAAGCUCCACCGGAGUGUCUUCAGGGUAACGAUGCUGGUACAAUUGAUCGUGAUGGAAGCGGCAAGAGAGGAAGAGGCCGUGGACGUGGUGGGCGAGGGGGACGAGGCAGGGGUCAGCAUACUGGAGUUAAUGGCAGCCGUACUCAUCAGCUAGGAACAUCCCCCCAGUCAAGCAUCACUAUUUCCAGUGAAGUAGUAGGCAGGCCACCUCCAGGUCCCCGUAUGCCUGAUGGAACUAGAGGCUUCAGCAUGGGUCGGGGUAAAAUACCUAUAAUGGGUCCAGCUUAGGUAUCUGUCGAUAUCAUGCUUCAGCAGUACAUUGGGGUCACGUAUGUUUUGCUAUUUGUUGUAAGAGGGUGGGCUAGGCUCCUUUAUCUGGAGACUGGGUGAUGGAGGCCUUCAUAUUUUAUGUGUCUUGUCAUGGUGUGUGAUCUUUAUUAUGGCGAGAAUUUGGCAGGAAUGUAGAUGUUGAGGGUUAUAACACAAGGUUGGACUGUCAAGCUUACCUGUACCAUAGUCUGGCAGACAGCCGUUUCCGAAAGAACGCUAGAGAGCGCGAGAGAGAGAGAGGGAAUGCAUUUACUGAAGGAGGCAGAAGGGCAUUUGUGCACGCUUGACACCAAUCAUGCAUGGGCCUUGUUUAUCAGCUGCUUAUUGUCGUGGAUGUCUCUAGAAAGCUCAUUUAUUUUAUUUCAGGUGCACCUACUUUGAGAUCCCUUUUGUGCAAUUGCCAUAGUUUCUUUGUCAAUAAUAUUGAGUAAGGGAGGGAGAGAGAGGUAUCUGGGUAUUCUUGAGGUGGGAUCUAGGCGGUAUUAGAUGACAAACGACCUGCCUUGACAAAUUGCCUCUAGUCUUAGCAGUGAGCUUUUGUCUGCAGAACAUCAGUUCAUUGAUGACAUGGAAUGGGUAUGAAAUACUACUAAGGUCGAUAGGCCUAGCCAGCCAUGUCGGAGAUGCAUGGCAAUCUACAUAACUAGACAUACCGUUAACAUUGUUUCCAAUUCUGCCACCUUAACAAAUGAUUCAAAUUUUGAACUUUUUAACACC